AUGUCGACAGUUGUAUGUCGGCAGCCUUCCCAACCUUCCAUGGACUCCUCUCAUGUCGUCGAAGCCACAACCAUGAGACUCAAACUAGUCUCACCUAAAUCUUACAACCAAAAAACCAUCUUCGGACCUUCCAGUUUCCUCCAAUCUCCUUCUUCCCACAAACCCAUUGAUGAAUACUUCCACACAGAAACCAAGAACUCAUAUCUUCAUGACCAAAAAUCUCUGAAACUUAGCCAGAAAAGCCUCGAGCUUUGCACUGAAAGUUUGGGUAGCGAAACUGGCAGCGACACGAGCGAGGAUGACGCCAUUUUUGCCUUCCCAUCGUCGACUUUAUCAGUCAAAAGGAGUCGGAGAGAUCAGGUGGAGUCCAAGAAGGUGCUUUCACGAAGCUUUCCACCUCCAUUGACGACGAUGAGUGGGUCUAAACCGUUUCAAGUUAGGCCUCAUCGGGAAGGAGGGAGGCUGAUUAUCGAAGCAAUGGAGAUGUCGUUGGGGAAUAGCUGUUUACGAGCUGAAAGAAGCCAUGGGCGGCUUCUGUUGACGUGUUCGAAGAGCGAAGAAGACGAUUGUGACACGGAAAGGGAAGAAAAUGACAUGAAUGAUGUGGAGAAGGAUGACGAGGAAAUGGAAAGAAAUGUGGUGGUUGAGAACUUUCAAAGGUUAAGAAGGUGCAACGAAGAUGAGCAUAGAGACAAAGGAAUAUGCUGUAGCUGGGAGCCUUCUUGUUGGGUGGCUACCACAUAG